GCGCUCUGCUUCUCCAUAACCCUCCUGUGGCCCCGCAAAAGGCGCAGGUGGCGCGGAUUGAAACAUGGCGGGCGUGAGCUCUUCCGAUCCCGGCUCGGUUUCGGCCGCCGGCCCGGUGCAGCAGGGGCUUAAGGAAGCUUUGAUAGAAACUCUUACGGCCAUCCUUUCCCCGGUGCAGGAAGUGCGGGCGGCCGCGGAGGAGCAGAUCAAAGUGCUGGAAGUGACAGAAGAGUUUGGGGUACACUUGGCAGAGCUUACAGUAGACCCUCGGGGAGCUCUUGCUAUUCGGCAGCUGGCCUCGGUCAUCCUGAAGCAGUAUGUGGAGACACACUGGUGUUCCCAGUCAGAGAAGUUCCGUCCCCCUGAAACAACUGAUCGGGCAAAAGCGGCAAUCCGGGAGCUGCUUCCUGGGGGCUUGCGAGAGUCCAUCAGUAAGGUGCGCUCCAGUGUUGCUUAUGCUGUGUCGGCCAUUGCUCACUGGGACUGGCCUGAGGCUUGGCCGCAGCUUUUCACCCUUCUCAUGGAAAUGCUGGUCAGCGGAGACAUCAAUGCUGUGCAUGGUGCCAUGAGAGUCCUCACAGAGUUCACUCGUGAGGUAACAGACACUCAGAUGCCCCUAGUGGCGCCUGUGAUUUUGCCUGAAAUGUACAAGAUCUUCACUAUGGUGGAGGUCUACAGCAUUCGCACUCGGUCCAGGGCAGUUGAAAUCUUUACCACUUGUGCCAACCUGAUUUGUGCCAUUGAAGAACUGGAGAAGGGUGCAGCCAAAGCCCUCAUCUUUCCUGUGGUGCAACAGUUUACUGAGGCCUUUGUCCAGGCACUUCAGAUGCCUGAUGGACCAUCUUCUGAUAGUGGCCUGAAGAUGGAGGUCCUAAAGGCUUUGACUGCUCUGGUGAAGAACUUCCCCAAACCCAUGGUUUCCAGCAUGCAGCAGAUUUUGCCUAUUGUGUGGAACACACUGACUGAAAGUGCUGCCUUUUAUGUCAGAACAGAGGUUAACUAUACUGAGGAGGUGGAUGAUCCUGUUGACUCUGACGGAGAGGUUCUUGGGUUUGAGAACCUGGUAUUCAGCAUAUUUGAAUUUGUCCACACACUUCUGGAGAACAACAAGUUCAAAAGCACAGUGAAGAAGGCUUUACCAGAGCUUAUCUACUACAUCAUCUUAUACAUGCAGAUCACUGAGGAUCAGAUAAAGGUGUGGACUGCCAACCCUCAACAGUUUGUUGAAGAUGAGGAUGAUGAUACCUUCUCCUACUCCGUUCGGAUUUCGGCUCAGGACCUUUUGCUGGCAGUGGCUACAGAGUUCCAGAAUGAGAGUGCAGCAGCACUGGCUGCAGCAGCCUCGCGGCACCUGCAGGAGGCAGAGCAAGCCAAGAGUAGUGGCACCGAGCACUGGUGGAAGAUCCAUGAGGCGUGCAUGCUGGCACUGGGCUCUGUCAAGACCAUAAUCACAGAGAAUGUGAAGACUGGCCGUGUGCAGUUUGACAUGCAUGGCUUCCUUGCCAAUGUCAUUCUAGCUGAUCUCAACCUGGCAGCUGCUUCCCCAUUCCUCCUGGGCCGGGCCCUCUGGGCUGCCAGCCGCUUCACCACAGCCAUGUCGCCAGAGCUCAUCCAGCAAUUUCUCCAGGCCACUGUCAGUGGCUUGCACGAUAGCCAGCCACCCUCCGUGCGCAUCUCAGCUGUCCGUGCUAUCUGGGGGUACUGUGACCAGCUGAAGCUGUCAGAGAGCACACACAUCUUGCAGCCCUUCUUGCCCAGCAUUCUGGAAGGACUGGUGCAGCUUGCAGCCCAAUUCAGCUCAGAGGUGCUUACCUUGGUGAUGGAGACAUUGUGCAUUGUGUGCACUGUUGAUCCAGCUUUCACCACCAGUGCGGAGAACAAGAUCUGCCCACUCACCAUUGCCAUCUUUCUGAAAUACAGCAAUGACCCAGUCGUGGCUUCUCUGGCUCAGGACAUUUUUAAGGAAUUGGCUCAGAUUGAGGCCUGUCAGGGUCCAAUGCAGAUGCGGCUCAUCCCCACGUUAGUCAGCAUCAUGCAGGCACCCCCUGACAAGAUCCCUUCCGGCCUGUGUGCGACGGCCAUAGACAUCCUGACCACGGUGGUACGCAAUACAAAGCCCCCUCUUUCGGAAAUGCUCAUGUGCCAAGCUUUCCCUGUGGUAGCACAGUGCACGUUACACACAGAUGACAACACCACAAUGCAGAAUGGUGGUGAGUGCUUGCGGGCCUAUGUGUCUGUGGCACUGGAGCAGGUGGGUCAGUGGCAAGAUGACCAGGGCCACAGCGGCUUGUGGUACGUCAUGCAGGUGGUCAGUCAACUAUUGGACCCCCGCACCUCCGAGUUCACGGCUGCUUUUGUGGGCCGGCUGGUGUCUACACUCAUUGCACGUGCUGGCACGCAGUUGGGUGACCAGCUCGACCAGAUCUUGCGUGCCAUUCUCAGCAAGAUGCAGCAGGCUGAAACACUCAGUGUCAUGCAGUCCCUUAUCAUGGUAUUUGCUCACCUGGUGCACUCCCAGCUGGAGCCCUUACUAGAAUUUCUGUGCAGCCUGCCAGGCCCCACAGGCAAGCCUGCCCUGGAGUUUGUCAUGACUGAAUGGAUGAGCCGCCAGCACCUCUUCUAUGGCCAAUAUGAGGGCAAAGUCAGCACGGUGGCCCUGUGUAAACUCCUCCAGCAUGGCAUCAACACCAACGACAAACGCUUGCAGGACAUUGUGGUCAAGGGGGAAGAGAUCUUUAGCCCAGAGGAGGGAAUUCGAACACGCUCCAAAAGUGCCAAAAAUUCAGAGCGAUGGACAAACAUUCCUCUAGUGGUGAAGAUCUUCAAACUCAUUGUCAACGAGUUGUCAUCUGUGGUUGAAGCAAAUGCCACCAGAGCAUCGGGAGCUGACUGGAGUCAAGAUUCAGGGGACAUGUGGGAGGAGCAGGAAGAUGAAGAUGAUGAUGAUGAAGAGGGACUGUCAGGCCAGUUGCUGUCGGACAUCAUUGCCUCCAACAAAUACGAUGAUGAUUACUAUGAAGAUGAUGAUGAGGAGGACCCAGAUGCUUUGAAAGACCCAAUAUAUCAAAUUGAUCUCCAGGCCUACCUGACCGACUUUCUGACCCAGUUUGCCCAGCAGCCCUGCUAUGCCAUGUUCUCCAGCCAUCUGAAUGAAGCCGAGAGGAGAGUCCUGCAGUCUGUUGGCAUUUAAGACAUAGCACUCCUAGCCACUGGUUGCAGCACUUUUCAUACUUACACUGCCUCCAUCACGCAUAAGAUCCAGUGUUCCCUGAUGUUACAGAAUCUUUUCAAACCUUUUUGCCAUACAGUGGAAUGUGGGUGCAAAAGAGGCUUUAAUCUGCAUAAAUACUUUUCGCCGUCUCACAUCUCUGGCAGCAAAGACUAUUGCAGACACAGACUGGCCUGGAACCCCUGAACUGUACAGGAAGCAAAUGGUGGAAGAUUGGGUGGUGGGAAGAAGGUGGCGAUAUAAAGCACACACGACUGCAUGAAUUGCUUGUCCCACCAAGGACUGGGAAAUGUAGCAGUCGGGCAUCCUGCCAGAAGUCAAGUAGCAGAAGUGGCCUUUUGAUGACCUUGGGAAGCGGUUUCACACCAUAUUGGAUAUGAGAGACUGCAAGCGUCUUCAACCUGCCCCAGACUCCACUUACACCCAUGUUCCAGGUGUGCUCCUGCACCCUGUUUUGUGCUUUCUAGAGCUCUUUGGGGACAUUGUAGUAUGAGAGACUAAACAUGACACUGCAAAGGCACAAACUGGUGGCUGGCUUGUUCUCGACAAUUAUUUUUUGGAUAAUGUGAUUGGGAAUAAUCUCAUUUGUCUGACUGGGAUUGGUGGUUUGCAGGCAGAUGAAGGGACAAGGCCUCUCUCAUGGCAGUACAUUGGCUUCAGAAAUUCAUAAAAGCACUGGAGUCUGAGAACUUUUGAAAAUAAAAGGCCCCAAAAUGGCCUCCUCCUCAGUCUUCUCUUUUGUUUUGUCAGGCUCUCCUUGCUGUGAUACAGGUCAAUCUGUGGUUUUAGGAAAUGGGGCCGAAAUGUUUUACAAGGGAUCAGCCUCUUACUGUUUAAACCUAAUUAUUUGGACAGAUUUUGUAACUUGAACCUCAGUCUUAGUGAUGGAACAUUGUUUCCUCCAUUUUGAAGUAGGUAAGUAAGUUGAUUAGCAAUUAGCCUUCGGCAUCCUGAAUCACUGUUAUACAGUAUUACUGAAAGGACUGUCUGCCAGUAAUGGAGCAAGGAUUCUAAGGAAGAGAUUCGUUCUUAAGAUUGUGUUUCAGAUCAAAUGCACCAGUGGGAAAUGUGUAAUGAUGGGAUCUGACUGGUUCUCCAUCGAAUGAUGUUAUAAUGGUACUGGAAGGAAAGUAUAAAUGUGGCAGGAAGUCAUAUUGAACUGAUGCAAAUCUUUCACCAUUGUAUGUCUGGGGCUUUCAUCAUUUAAUCACCUCAGAAAUCACCAUGUUUAAAAACUUGGGCUUGUCUAAAUGCACAAAUUGUGCUGCCUGUGUAUCACGAGCAUCAAAUUCAAUUCCUAGUGGCAUGGAAGUAUCCAGCUUUUUUAUCAAAAUUGCCCCUUAAGUACUUCAGUUAGUUGCAUUUUAACAUUUAACAUAGUAAAGCACAUAAGCAGGUUUUCAAUAGAAAAUAUGUACUUCAGUUUUGGGGGAAAUGUAUUCAGAAAUAAUGCUGAUACUGAACUUUUUUGAGCUGGAGCAAUAGACUGUAAGCCAUAGACCACUACCUGCUAGGAAGUCAGUUUCACACUUCUGCCCUAUUAUGUUCUUCCUUGUGAAAGAUUAUUUUACUGCUGUGUAAUAUGAUCAAAAAAGAAUGCAUGUGUUUUCAGAACCACAGAUGCAAUCAGCCUCUUUGAGAGAUGUUACCAACCCCCUGUAUCAUGUGGUUGGAUGUGUAUGUAGGUGCGUGCACUUAAUGUGGACUAAUUUAUCAAUGCAUUGGAAAUAUACCAUUACGUUGCUUCCUGCUUAAUUUGUUCAAAUUCAUAUUCUGUCUUUACACAUACAGAGGCUCCCCUGGAUAGAUUUUUAAAUCUGUGUGUAACAUUUUAAAGCAGUGGAUAUUAAGCUCAAGCUGUUAGGUGCAUAAAUAGAAGGAAAGCCAGCCUGUCAAGGCUAGUGUAAAUGCUCAAGGAUGUGGUUGGAUGUGGUCAAAGUGUGACAUGGAUAAGACUGCUUAAAAUGCCUGACCACUGAGCUUUUACAUUGUACAGCUUUUCUCCCACACCAUUAAAUUGUUUGAUUUCAUGUGAGUUGAACUGAAUCACCAAUUUUAAAAUAAGAAACUUGAAGGCUGUAAUUCCCUGUCUCUGCUGUACAUUAUGAAACUAUAUAAGAUUUUCACUAUUCACCUGAUUCUUUUUCUGGAAAGCCACUUCAGACUUUGUGUGUGUACUGAAUGUCUGGCAUAUUUGUUGGAAAUUAUUUUGCAAAAAAUGCAUUAAGGGAAAUCCUAAUACAAAUUAUAAUGUAAAUGGCAAAAUCCUCUUAAUUGUACAGACAUAUUCUAUGUAUGGCAAUGUUAAAGGAGAGGAUACUUUUCACUGUGGUAAAUUUCUAGACCCUAUGAGCUAUUAAAUAAUAAAAAUGGCUUUGUUUAGUUUCGAGAAAGUGGGAGAAUAAAAGCAGGUAACGCAAAAGAAAAAUGCA